CCUCUCCCUUGUCCCUUCCCUUCUUAUCUUCCAAAGCGUCCAGAGGGCCAGAGCCGCUCCUUCGCUUCACUCUCUUAACUAGAUACUAUACUCACCUCACUCAACUCUUGUUGAUUUCCCCCCUUAUUUCUCUGAGAUGCUUCUUUCCUCUCAUCUUCAGAGACUUUAGCCCGAACCAACGUCUUCAAUCCUCAGGCGACGUUAUCUUUUGAAGGUUAAGAAAUCAAAUGAACUUAUUGUAGUUGCAUACUAGAACUCAGCUGGUGCAACUGCAGCCAACAUGACAUUUGUAAUUCCUUGUUCAAUUAGCAGUGUUGCACUUAUUCCUGCAACUCCCUUUAUCUCAAGGAAAAAUAAUCGUAUAACAAGAUUCAAUUUCUUGAGAAAAUCCUCAGAACAAACAUCAUUCUCACAUAAGCUUUUCUUACCUCUGUCAAGACAAGUAAGCUUAUUUCCAAAAUUCAGACAUGGUUUUUCUGCACCACAUGGAUCAAGAUGCCACAUCUUAGCAGCUGCAGGGACUGAAGUAGCUAUAGAGGAGCCAGAUUCUUCCAUUGCAGCGGAAGAUGCUGAUGGAACAUCUGAUGUUCCAUCCAGUACCGUUGAAGCUAGUGAAGCACCUUCACCAACCACAACUGCUACACCAGAUGCUCAAUCAAAAAGAACAAGAUCAUCCAGGAAGAGUGAGAUGCCACCCGUGAAAAAUGAGGAUCUGGUCCCUGGUGCGACUUUUACAGGGAAAGUACGGUCAAUCCAGCCAUUUGGUGCUUUUGUUGAUUUUGGAGCAUUUACAGAUGGCCUGGUACAUGUUUCUAGGUUGAGUGAUUCCUUUGUUAAAGAUGUAGCAAAGUUUGUCUCUGUUGGACAAGAGGUGAAGGUGAGAUUAGUGGAAGCGAAUAUCGAAACUGGACGGAUUUCUCUAACUAUGAGAGACAGUGAUGACAUCGAUAAGCUUCAGCAAUGGAAAGAUGUUCCUGCAGGUGGUGAUAAGCAAAAACCUCCAAGAAGGAGCGCUACAAAGUCCAAGCGUGAUGGGGUGCAAAAGACCUCAAAGUUUGUCAAGGGGCAAGACCUGGAAGGAACCGUAAAGAACUUAACCAGAGCAGGUGCUUUUAUAUCUCUUCCUGAAGGGGAGGAAGGAUUCCUUCCCACAGCAGAGGAAGCUGAUGAAGGGUUUGGAAACAUUAUGGGUGGCUCUUCACUGCAGGUAGGUCAAGAAGUUAGUGUCCGAGUAUUACGUAUUACAAAAGGACAGGUCACCUUGACAAUGAAGAAAGAAGAGGGUGCUGAUGAGUUGAACUCAAAACUCAGCCAGGGGGUUGUGCAUACUGCAACCAACCCCUUUGUUUUGGCUUUCCGUAAAAACAAGGACAUUGCUGCAUUUUUGGAUGAGAGAGAGAAAGUUCAACAAUCAGUUAAUACUUCAGUAGUACCAGAUACUUUGGAAGGGACAGAAAAGAGGGUCUACGAAGCUGAAGAUAAGUCUGACGUUCCUGAAGUGCAGGACAGGCCAACAAGCAAUGAUGGGGACCAGGUUGAUGUUCCUUCUGUAGAGAAUAAAGUGAUUGAAGAGGACAAAACUUCUUCAGAAGAAGGAGAUGAAAAAGAGGAUAUAGUGGAUCAAGCAGUUGAAGAGAAAACUACUUUAGAGGAGGAAGUGGAAGCAGCUGCCACAACUGUAGACACAGAGAACAUGUCCUCUAAUUUGUCACAGGUUGCUGAUACUGCAGAUGAAACCAUAAGGGAAGAGCAAACUCCUGAAACUUCAUCUACUGAAGCAAGUUUGCUAUCAGAAGAGGCCUCUGUGGCAGAUAGUGAGAAAGAAGAUAAUAAAUCAGACACAGCUGGAGAAGUGACUGCUGGUCAGAUCUCUUCUGUAGAAAAUGUGGCCAGCGGAGUUGUAGAGACUCAAGCUGAUGAAACUAUUGUAGAGGAUAAAGUGCAGGCACAAACAUCAAUUGCAGAAGAGAAUGAGACCCCAGCAGAACCAAGUGAAGAUGAUAAUGUACCACCUACUCCUCCUGAUAAGAAUGGUAGUGUCACAACCUCAAGUGGACAAGCUGAAAUUCCUCCUUCCAAGGAAACCUCAAGUAAAGCAACCAUAUCCCCAGCUCUUGUAAAGCAGCUCCGGGAAGAAACAGGAGCAGGCAUGAUGGAUUGUAAAAAGGCUCUUGCAGAAACUGGAGGGGACAUUGUUAAAGCUCAGGAAUUCCUGAGGAAGAAAGGGUUAGCUAGUGCAGAUAAAAAAGCAAGUAGAGUCACAGCUGAAGGCAGGAUUGGCUCAUACAUUCAUGAUAGCAGGAUUGGUGUCCUGAUUGAGGUGAACUGUGAGACAGACUUUGUUGCUCGGGGUGACAUCUUCAAGGAGUUGGUUGAUGACCUUGCCAUGCAAGUGGCUGCCUGCCCUCAAGUGCAAUGCGUUGUUACUGAUGAUAUCCCAGAAGAGAUUGUCAACAAGGAAAGGGAGAUUGAAAUGCAGAAGGAAGAUCUAUUGUCAAAACCAGAGCAGAUAAGGUCAAAGAUUGUUGAAGGUCGUAUCAGGAAGAGGCUUGAGGAGCUUGCAUUGCUGGAGCAGCCUUACAUAAAGAAUGAUAAGGUGGCAGUGAAGGAUUGGGUAAAGCAGACAAUUGCAACCAUUGGAGAGAAUAUAAAAGUGAAGAGGUUUGUAAGGUAUAGUCUUGGAGAAGGCUUGGAGAAGAAAAGCCAGGAUUUUGCAGCAGAGGUGGCUGCCCAAACUGCUGCUAAAUCAUUGCCUGUAGUUCCAGAAAAAGAGCAACCUGAUGCAGAUGAAGCCAAAGAAACUGUUCAGAAACCGCCAACAGUAACAGUCUCUGCUGCACUAGUUAUGCAACUACGAGAAGAAACAGGGGCAGGCAUGAUGGAUUGCAAGAAAGCUCUUUCAGAAACCGGAGGUAACCUUGAGAAGGCACGGGAGUAUCUGAGAAAGAAGGGACUUUCUAGUGCAGACAAGAAAUCUAGCCGGCUGGCAGCUGAAGGCAGGAUUGGAUCAUACGUCCAUGAUUCCAGGAUUGGUGUACUGAUUGAAGUCAACUGUGAAACUGAUUUUGUGGGUCGAAGUGAAAAAUUCAAGGAGUUGGUUGAUGAUCUUGCAAUGCAGGUGGCAGCCUGCCCACAGGUGCAAGUUGUUUCUGUAGAAGAUAUUCCGGAGAGUGUGGUGAACAAGGAAAAAGAGCUGGAGAUGCAAAGAGAGGACUUGCAGUCGAAACCUGAGAACAUAAGGGAGAGGAUUGUUGAGGGCCGGGUGGCAAAGAGACUUGGAGAGCUUGCUCUGUUGGAGCAGCCCUUCAUCAAGAAUGACAGUGUACUAGUUAAGGACUUGGUGAAGCAGACCAUUGCCGCCCUUGGGGAGAACAUAAAAGUUAGGAGGUUUGCACGCUUUACCCUCGGGGAGGAAAUCGAGGAGGUGCAAACAGAAACCUAAGGCAGAAUGGACGAGGAGGGAAUUCAUACAGAGCUAUUGAGCAGUUCCAGGGAUUACCCUUAAGAGUACAGUAGCACCGAGGAGGCCAUUGACAUUGGGAGGGUUAUCUCAUUCUUUUUGUUGCGAUAAAAGAGAGUUAAGGUCUUAGAUAGAAGUAAUUUUAAUGAUGCUCUUCUUGUCUUGUCAUCCAAAAAGCUACUUAUGAAAUCUACAUUUUGAGGGAGAUGGAACAAGAGAGCCAUCUCUCUUCUUUAUUUAUUUAUUUAUUUGUUUUCCCCAUUUGCAAUUUGCAUUGCAGUAAAGAGAGGACACAGUUCAGUCGCGGAGGAAUGAAUUUUUGUUUUUUUGGCCAAAACAACUGUACUUGUUUGUGGCCAUGUUCAACUUCAGCCACUUUGAUAUCA